AUGGCUACCCAGACAACAGAAGCUUCGCCAUUACUUGGACGUCGCGAAGCAUCAGGAUCAAUAUCAGGAUCUACGUCACGUUCAGCCCAAAGGUCGCAACGGACAGUAACCUUCAAUCCACAUACACAGAUCUCUUCUCAACCUGGCUCGUCAAGCCUAGGAGCACCUCUGCGACCUGCACAUAGUCCUUCCCAGACCCUCACAAGCGAUCUUACAUCCAAACGAGAACCAUUAAUUCAAGCCUUCAAUUCGAAACUGCGCAGGAGAAACAGCCAUGGUGGAGCUCUGCCAGUUACACAACCUUUUGGACCUGGACCGAGGAUCGGUGCACAGCGAACCACGAGGACCGCAGAGAAGCUGAAGAUCCUGCCAAAUCCAGACUUUGGGGACGAGGGACCAGACGAAGAGAGUGGACGAGACGUCUAUUCCCAGUUCACAAGGAUAAAAGACCCGAGUGCGAGACGAGAUGCCGCCAGGUUAGGAAAAGCCGAUCGAGAGCGGUUGCCGAGAGUCACAACAUAUUGCACAGCGCAAGGAUACAAGCUGGAAAGCAUACUGAAAUUCAUGAAGAGUCGGACCAAGACACGAGGAGCAAGUCCGAGGUUAUUUGAUGAAUGUCUCUACUCGCCUUACGAUUAUGACUAUCUGAAGAAGAGGAAAGUCAACGAGAACAUGUUCAACAGGAAUACCGGGAUGACUGGUGAGAGAAGUACAAGUAGAAGUCCUGUCGAGGAAAGAAUAGAAAGAAUGAGGAGAAGUCCCAGGAUCAGGCCUAAUGAGAGGAGGUUCUCGGAUUCCGCUGUCGAGGUAGAAGAACACCAGCAAGAGCGAAGAGAAAACUUGAUUGACCUUCAAAACGAGCUUGGGACCUCUUCCAUGCCUGGCCAAGACGACUCAGACCCGACGGUGUUCUCCCCAACGAGUGAAGAGCCGCGGCCGAACACGUUGGUAAAUACGAUAUCAAAAUCCAGUGAGGAUCUCAACGAUCACCGCGAACAAGACGACCUCCAUUCCGCCUUCAGCUCGAGUCAUCCGGACAUAGAUACAAAUGUCGAAAGUCCUGAAGUUUUUGUCUUCGAUUACGGCACAAUUGUCAUCUGGGGCAUGAACAUCCAACAAGAACAACGGUUCCUGUCCGAUCUGGCGAAGUUCGCGACGAGUCCAUUACCCAGUGACAGUGUGCAGACUGAGGAGUUCAAUUUUUACUACACAAAGGAGUAUCAAGCACGAAUAUACAACGACUUCAUAUCUCUCCGCGACCCUCGGAACCAUCUGAUCAAGCUUGCCAUUUCUCAUGCGCUCAGUCAGUCAGUCAAGACAAGCUUGUUCGAGGACCUGGUUAGUGAGACGAUUGAGACUACCAGUCCACUUCCUGCCGUGAUUGCACAGACGGGCAGUGUGAACCUGACGAGACGACAAUUGAACAUGCAAAUCGGCGAGCUCUUCAUUCUACGUAUCAACAUACAUCUGCAAGGCUCCGUGCUCGACAGUCCAGAGCUGUUCUGGGCUGAGCCACAUUUGGAGCCUGUCUACGCGGCUGUUAGGAGUUACUUGGAGAUUGGGCAGCGAGUCACACUGUUGACGGAGCGUCUGGAUGUCAUUUCUGAUUUGCUUGCAGUGUUAAGAGAGCAAGGAAGUAGGAGACAUGAUGAGAUCUUGGAGUGGAUUGUCAUCGUGCUAAUUGCCGCUGAGAUUGUCGUCGCAGCUAUUAAUAUCGUGGUUGACCUGGUUGCUGGUGUUGACUAG